AUAUCAACCACCUCCUCUCUCGUCCAUCAUGCUUCUUCUCUCCCUCUUAGCUCUGGCCGACAUGGCCCUCGGUCUCUCUACCAAUGUUUCAACUGCCGACACAAUCAUAGUGCAGGGCGGCUCUUCCAGCGAUGCUCAACGCAUGUACGAUAUCAUGGGUGGCACAUUCAACCUGCCUGACGACGUCUUUGGGUCCGAGGCCCAUGUGAGUGCUCUCGUCUUCGCCAACUCCACAGACGAGCUCGCCUGGCUGCAUGGUAUAACGCCUAAUGGGACCGACUGGACUUCUUCCUCAGACACCAGCUCCCUUGAGGAACGGGGAUACACUGAGAAGAUCAAAAUCAUCGAAUGCGCUGAUCCCCCUGAGGAUGAGUACCGCCUCUUAUCAUACGCUUCGGAGAGGUGGGUGUGGGAAGUGACCUGCGCCUACAUAGAGGCGACCACCGCUGCUGGCGCGAGUCUGAUCGGCGUCGUCCUCAGCAAGAUCGAGUGUGGUGCCGACCUGGAACAGCUCUGCGAGGCGUUUUUCGCUGUCACAAUUGCUGAGGCGGGCUAUUACAUAGGAGCCGGGGCCCGGGAUAAGUGUACUGAGACCAAAGAAGCUAUCCUGGCCAAAUGCUACCGGCGUGGGGGGGUUGCGGAGAUCGAGAUUGUGCAGACCGAGAAAACGUUUAUGUAUUAUGGUGUGGCCACGAAGGGCGACACAACCACAAUCGACUGUGAUGUGUCGGGUAGACAUUGCAAGAAAAUCACCUGUGAUGGCCAGUGUCAGGGUUAAUAGCUGGCAGUGUUGCUGAACCUCA